GGAUCUUAUCGCACGUUUUUUCCGAUGUGUAUGAGAGUGAGAGAGGGAGAAUUACGUAAUGAAAAUAAAAAGGACAAUCAUUUUAUUUGCCGCAUACGCCGGUACCGAUGUUCACUACGCGAACAGCGAGCAAUCCGAACUUGUCAUUGUAGCCACUUGACACGCACCAUUUGCAUAAGAUUUUUUUUCUCAAAUGAAAACACUCGCGUUGAUAUUUGUAGCUUUUUGCUGUAUUGGAAUUUGUGCUUACACGGUACCGGAUCCUGAUAUUCAGCUACUGUCUCCUCGUGGAAUUCGAGUGUCUAUACCAGAUGCAACGGGAAUACAACUGGUUGCGUUUAACGGAAACGUUAACAAAAAUAUAAUCCCAGACCAAAGUGGAUCAAUAUCCCGUGAGAUCUUUCGUCCCACGUCGAGUAAAUGGAUGUUCGAAGAUACUCACACUCUUGUUCAAAGACGAGACGUUCUCCACUAUUGGAUUUACAUUCAAGUUGAUGGAAGUCCGCACAAGAAAACGGGAUCGUGGAGUCCUUCGGCAACAAGUCCUUCGGGCUCUUGCACCCCGAGCAUCACUACCACAACGCGUCAAGGGUUGAUUUGUCAAGGCCAGUUAAUUUUGGAAGACAAUUUUGAUUCGUUAAACACAUCGAUUUGGUCAAGAGAUAUAUUCAUUCCUUCACAACCUCAAUAUGAAUUUUGUGUAUACCACAACCACCAGCAAAGUGUGAGAAUCAAGAAUGGAACGCUUCACGUGAUUCCUAGUCUACUUGAAGACUCGUACGGAGAACGCGCUACCGCAGUAGGCACCAUGACUCUGGCUGAGUGUACCAGUCAGGUGCCUUCUGAUUGUUCCCGGUCAGCUACAGGAUACCUUAUCCUACCACCAGUGAUAUCUGCGCGUCUAACGACCAUCAAUCAUUUCAACUUCCAGUACGGAAGAGUCGAGAUUCGUGCAAAAUUUCCAGAAGGCGACUGGCUUUAUCCAGAAUUAUGGCUGCAGCCGAAGAAUCCUACGCAAUUUUCGGAAUUCCAAAGCGUUUUCGUGCAGCUGGGAAUGGCGCGUGGAAAUCGGGUGCUGACAGGAACCACGGGAAAUUAUGAUGGGCGCCUGUUGGAAUUCGGUUUACGAGCUGGUUCGGCACCAAACUUCCAGAGCGUGGAUAUCCAGAAAUUUUCAAAUACCACAGGUCACUGGACUUCCGGAUUCCAUGUAUAUUCGACUACCUGGAACGCGGAUGGAUUCGUGUUUCAUGUCGAUGGCGAAGAAGCCGGUCGCUUGACUCCUAGACAGAAUGACUGGUUCAGCAAUAGCAAUGCCUCAUCAGGAACAAGAAAUAAGAUGUCACCCUUCGACGGUCAGUUUUACAUUACUCUGGGAGUUGGCGUGGGUGGAGUACGUGAUUUUCCGGACAACUUACGCAGCGGCGACGGUGUUGGAUAUGAAAAACCGUGGAAAAACGUCGCAGCCAAGGCUUUACUUCGCUUUUGGGAAGCAAAAAAUUAUUGGUUACCAAGUUGGCAAGAUUCGAAUAAUCCUGGUAAGUCGCAUCUGCAGAUCGAUUACGUCCGGGUUUAUGCACUCUAAAGAUUUGCUGUUGCACAUAUCCUGCAGUAAUCAAGGUGUUUGACCGACUUUUAUUAUGUAAAUAGAAAAUGAAUAUAUUUCGUCCUCUUCUUCACGGUGGAAUCCGUAUAUGUAUUCCAUAUCGACAGGGAACACGUUUUGAUCUCGUUCUGGAAAAUGUUUAUGUAAAUGAUCAUAAAAUUUGAAUGAAAGUUUGUGUGAUAUCGAGCGAAUUGAAAUGGAAAAUAUGUUUCUAAUUAGAAUUGAAUUCGCUCCAUUUGUCCAAUACCUUGAGUAUGGGAAAUAUUACAAUAAUACACUCAUGCGUAAAACGUGAAUAAAAGUAGGUGAGCGACUUUUCUUAUACAGUUUAUUUUUGAAAUAAAUAGAUAUACCGAAAACUUUAGUAACAAAUAUAGAAUUGUACAGGAUAAUAAUGGCUAAACAAUGUACAUUAACGUGUUUGUUGAGAUCGCUAUUAUAUGCCAUGGAAUUAUCAGUCUGGCGUUAAUUACUUAUCGGCCAAUGUGUCUUGUAGUUGAAUCUGUUUUACACCUGUAUCGUUGAGUCUUAAAGCUGAAUUCACACGGGUACUACAUCUGCAAUGGUUCUUCUGUGAAAUAAAAUUCCAUUUAAGUUAUAUCAAUAACUGCAAAUAUAAAGUCACUUCGAAAAGUAAUGCGAAGGGUUUGAAAUGAAAUCACAUGAAAUUGGCCCGUUGUGCUUCUUUAAUUAACGUAAUGAAUUUUAUUUACCCUGUAAUUAUAAUGCGGGUGGCCGGAAGACGCUCCCGAAGAGAAUCGUGCUUUGACCCAAUUGCGGAGUGAAGUGCAGACCCAGUCGAUGGUGCGCUUACCAUUUUUAGGCUGCUCAAGUCGUACCCAACGAUAGCCUGACAAUCAUAAAGUUGCCGGAUUUGGGACGAUUUCAGCGCCAUCCACGUGACCUGCCGGUGCAAAAAUUCCAAUUUUUCAGGAUUAAUUGUCUUUUGAAUUUUAGGACCAGAGAUAUGUUAAUAUCACUGUUCAGGUUUUGUUGAAGAUUUGUGAAAAAAUUGAUGCUCAGGCUUUUUACUUCAGGAGCGUCAAUUUUCGCGGCUAUAGGUAUUUAUUCCGAACAUCGUAACGGAUUCCUAAUAAAACAUCGAACAUGGAGCGACUGACAAUGAAAUGAAAUUUUUAUUAAAAAUACAAACCCGGUGCUUCUGUACUAAUGCUAAGGAAGUUUCUGGUUCGUAAGGUGGAAAAGACGUAAGAGUCCCACCACCACAUCUGAAUAAAACGAGCCUCCGGAUAAUCCAAGACGCCGUUGCCCAGUCGCCGUAGUCCAUAAUCAGACUCUGGCUUAGGUCACUUCUGCCAAUAAUAUCACACGUAACAAAACACAGUGUGUCUGAUAUAUGAAAGAUAUUAUUCAAAUUUCCAAUGGUCGAAAAUCAGUUGAGUCUAUCAAAAAUUCGUUAACGAUAAUUAAAAAAAUAAAAAUUGCUAAGAAAUAAAUAAAUAAAUAAAUAAAUAAUUACUACGUAAAUCAAACGAACGAUUCGAUGAACAGAUCACGCACGCGAUAGGAUCAGACAAUAAAUUCAAAUUAGAAAUCUGUAACUGCGAUAGCAUAACUGCAGGGUUGGCUAUAAAGAAAAAAAGAAUUUCAGCCGUUAAACAUUAAUACAAUUGACUCUGUUGCUUACUUGAACUGUUUCUUUCGGGAUGAAUUUUUCAGGAGUAUUUCGUUCGUGAGGACGAUGUUCUCGCUGCUCCUCUCUCCUUGCAGAACGACCAAAACAUCGCCAGGUCCUAGAUCCGUUAGAUCGACAAUACCUUCCUCUUCUUUGAGGAUGUUUUGAAA